AUGACACAUUCACAGAAGCCAAGAGUCAAUGUGGAAUUACCUAGAGCACUUUGGUUGGUCUCGUCAGAAUAUAAUACAACAUCACAGGGUGCAAUUCUUAGAGAUCAAAUUGAAGAUAUUUUUGGAAACAUUCAUGUAAAGGAAAAUAUAAAAGAUUGUGAAAAAUUUAUUCGAGAUAAACAUGGCAAUCCACAAUAUGAACAAAUUUUUUUUAUUAUUCAUAUUGAUUUUUUUCACCAAAUUCUUAAUCAAGAUAUUCAUGAUAUUCGUGUAAUCGAAUCUAUAUUUAUUUUCAAUCCGACAAAAUUUAAUAUAAAUAUCUCAUUUGAACAAUAUAGCAAAGUUCAUAGAAAAAUUUUUAUCGAUCCCAAAGAUCUACUAAUCGAACUUUCGAAUAAUGUUAGUAUAUUUUCAGAAAAAUGGCGUAUUCCGCUAUCAACACUUAAAGGAUGUCAUAUGGAAAGAACAACAAAUGUUGUCAAUAAUAUUGCCGAUUAUUCUGAAUUAUGGUAUCCACUUUUCAUCGAUUUACUCUUCGAUCUGCCUCUAUCAACAGAUUUUACUUAUCAAGAACAUCGAAAUCAUUUUGCCAAUCAAUGUCAACGUUUCUAUGCACAUAGUCCGCGGCAUCUUGUCGAAAUUGCAGAUUUUAUUUCAUCAUCAAAUUCAAGCUAUACACCUAACUGUGCAAUCAAUUAUUAUACCCGUGAUACAUUUCUUUAUAAACGUGUUAACAAAGCACUUCGUCAACAAAAUAUUGAAGCAAUAUUUGCUUUUCAUUUUCUCUUACUUGAUAUACGUGCACAAUUAUUGAAUGCUUAUAAUGAAUUUUCUAGUUUAUAUGAGAUAGGUGAUAUCAUGACAUUUUAUAGAGGUCAAUUACUGUUUAAAUAUGAAAUCGAUGCUUUGAAUGAAAAACGUCGAGAUGGUUCCUUAAUCACAGUCAAUAGUUACUUUUCGACAACUAUCAUGCGUAAUGUUGCUUUAACCUAUAUCAAAGGUGCUCCAAAUGAUUCAUUAAUACCAGUGAUGAUUGAAAUAAGUGCCGAAUUCAAAACUUCUGCUAAAGUAUGUCGUAAACCAUUUGCAUAUAUUGGCCACUUAAGUGCAUAUAGGUCUGCAGAAUACGAAGUUUUAUUUUCGAUUGGAUCAUUUUUCCGUAUUGAUCACAUUGAAUUCAAUGAUAAUGAUCAAUUAUGGACAGUAAAAAUGACAUUUAUCUUCGAUGAGGAUCAUUAUACUGUUACUAACGAUUACAACUCAUUGCAAACAUGUACUAUCGAAGAGAAAAUUAUAAAAGUUGGUAAUCUUCUAUCACAUCAUAAUGAACAAUGUAAAACAAAUAAAGCUAAUAUUUUUUAUCAACAUUUAUUAACGCAUAGUUUUAAUCAGACUAUCAAGGCAGCAUGUCAUGUUGGUUUGGGUUGGCUAACACUUCAACAAAAACAGUACGAUAUAGCUAUUGAUUAUGUAGAACAAGCUUUAAAUAUAUGCAAACAAUUAGGAAAUGAUUCAUAUUUAAAUUAUUUAUAUGUGAUAAGUUAUUGUUGCAUUGGUGCUAUAUAUCGACAAAAGAAAGACUAUAUGAACGCACUAGAAUUUCAUAUGAAAGCAUAUAAGAUAGAUAAUAAGAUAAUUUCAAUUGAUAAAUAUGCAUUUUAUAAUUCAUUUGUUCAUAUAGCUUCAAUAAAUAUUGCUUCACUUUAUAAACUUACCAACCGUAUCAAUCUUUCUUGGGCAAUGUUCAAAGAUAUAUUAACUUAUGAAACGAAUAAAUCAAAUCAAUUUCAUUCUGCUAUAUAUUUAGCUAUUGCUGAAGCUGGUCUUUCUGAUAUUAUAAAUUCAAAAAAUAUAAGUGAAGAAAUCAAAUGGUCUAAUAAUUGGAAAGCGUUUUUUGAUUUAAGUUUUCAUGAAAUAUCAUCAACUUAUCGUCAAUGCAUAAUUUCAGGUGCAUUAUCUAUUGGUUUUAAAUUUCGAAAUAAUGAACGAUCGUAUGAUAAUGCAAUUAUUUGUUUUGAAAAAGUAAUUCAAAUAUCGAAAAAAUAUCUGAAAAUUUGUCCUGACUACUAUGGCAAUAUUCUUCAAUGUUAUCAGCAAUUGGCUCAAAUUUAUCGAUUAAAACAUAAAUAUUUAAUGGCAAUUAAUUGUGCAUCAGAAAUUUUAAAAGUAUGUCAUGUAGAUGAUUUGAAAGCAAUUUAUGAUUGUUAUACAAGUUUGGUUGAUAUUUAUGAAGAACAAUAUAAAGAGAUUUGUUCAACACCAAGUCCAGAUGAUAUUCAUUUAAAAUUAUGUGAUUCAGAUUUAUCAUUACCUCCUUUUCAGUUUAAAAUUGUAGAAAACAUGUUUCAAUUUGAACGUGACGAAUUCGCAUUUGGACAAUUUAAAAAAGGUCUUAAUCCUAAUAUAAUUCAUGAGAAAAAAUUGGAACGUCGUCUUGCCUAUUUUUGUUUUAAGUUAGCUGCUCUUAACCAAGAACAAAAUGAUACAAUUAAAGCGAAUCAAUUGCUUCAUCGUUCUAUUGAACUCAUACCAAAUGAUAUGAAUGUACAGUUUAUUUUCAAAACUAAUCUAAAUUAUCUCGAAGGUAAUUUUGGACAAAUCAUUAAUUUUUAUCAAUCUGAUCUUGAACAACGUCAUAAACAAGAUCAAGAAUUGUGUAUUGGUGAAGAUGCCUUUUGUUAUAUAGCUCAUUUAUACAAAAUGGAAAACAAUUUGAUUAAAGAAUAUAAUUGGUAUAUUGAUGCAAUCUAUUAUUUUGAAGAACAUCCACACUUAUGUAAACAUACUCGAACAUGUUUUUUUAAAUUGGCCUUCUACUAUCGAACAAAACAUGAUUUAACAUCAUGUAUCUCCAUUUAUAGAAGAUUUAUUCAUUAUUUAUUAGUAUAUAGUAAUAAUACCUGUAAAUUCCAUCGAUCUAUUGUAAACAUUAUUGAAUUGAGUUUUGAAAAAAUGAUCAAUGAUGAAAAACGAAUCAUAACGAUUCUCGAGUAUCUUGUUCAACUAGUGACGAAAAAAUCAAAUGAUUUAAUUCAUAUCGAUGAAGAAUUUCAGAAAAUUAUCGCUCAAUAUCGAGGAAACAAUAAGUAUUUACAUAUAACUGCACAAAUUUAUGAAUUCUAUGUUGAAUUCAUGUCACAAAAUGUUAAUUUAACUUUGUAUGUGCGAACUAUUAUGCCUACUUUCCUGAAAACAGCACUCAAUUAUCAACUCAUUGAUAAUCCAUUGGCAGCUAUCAAUAUUUAUCAACGUUUUAUUGAAAUUAUCUUAAAAUAUUUCGAUGAUCGAGAACACAUUGUCUCAGUAUUUACACAAAUAGCUCUUGAAUCUGAAAAUAUAAAUAAUCAAAUUGAAAUGAUCAUUCAUAUUUAUGAUGAACUGUGUACAUUCAUUUAUGAAUGUCCCGCAAAAAUUAUAUUUAAAGAUGAUGAUAUUAUUGCUCUUAUUAUCGAUCGUUUACGAAUGCUUGGAGAUCGUUUCUAUAAAUCGAUUAUUCCAAUUCAUAAAAAAAUAAUUCAAAUUCUACGUUACUAUUGUGACAAAGUGAAUCCUGAAUUCGAUAAACAGCAUUAUUUAAAACUUAUUAGAUAUUAUUAUAAAAAAAUGGCUAUUAUUGAUACAACGUCUACGAUCGAUAGUUAUUCAAAUCUACUUGAAAUAUAUCUUAAUUAUGACUCAACAAAUUUCGAAAAUAUUCAAUCUGAAAUUAUCUUUUUGAUCGAAGAUAGACCUAAGGAAAUGCUUGAAAUUUUAAUAAAAGUUUGUAUCAAUUAUGUGCCAUUAAUACGGAGUAUACAUCGACGCCUAAUUUGUGUUGAAAAAACAAAUGAACCAAUACCAAAAUGUCGAUCUGAGUACAUUAAUUCAAUGAUAAUCAAUUAUGAGAAACAAUCUAUGAACUGUUUAUUAUCAAAAAAUCAAGAAGCUAGUGGAAGAUGUUGGCAAGAAUGUAUAUGUCAUCUUCUGGACUUACAAGCAAAGUAUGAUGAACGCAUUGCUACUUGUUAUCUUCAAAUUGGUGGUUCGACACAAGCCAUCCGCGUUUUUGAUCCUAUCAUCUAUACUGAACUUGCACCUUUAUAUUGCCCUCAAGCUUAUCAACGAUAUAUCAAGUUUGUUGUCUCAUAA